AUGGAGCACGUCUCUACACUGUGUGCCGUAAGUACUGUUGGUAUUGCCGCAACUGGGUUCGCUUUAGCACGUCGAGAGCAACCUACCGGGCUCCAGUCAGUACCCAGCUCUAGGGACUCGGCACUUCCACGCAAUUCAUCAUCCGACAUCGUCAACCAUAAACUAUCUCACCAUCAGGGCGCAAGCGAACGGUCGUCACAGCAGCGAUCGGGGUUUCAACCGGUUGCUACGCAGUCUGGACAAAGCUUGGUGCUAUCACAAAGGAGGAGGGAACGGCGCCGACGACAGACAGUGACGAAUCCUCUUACCAAGGCAGUAGAUGAGAGCUCUACGCAAGACAGCGGUGCAGCGAGCAGCCGGCCGUCGUCUUCGUGGCUCAGACGGAUAUCCAUAAUAUCUUCUACCACAACCAGUUCGCUAUCCAGCCCCACAACGGCCACCUCAUCUGUGAAUAUAUCCCCGACGCGGGCACACACCCGACGUGAUUCAACUGUCAAGGCACCGAAUAAACUUGUCAAACGUUCGAAUUCGCAACACUCUAUAAAGCAGGCCGGAAGUGGUACAGGGCGAUCCAGAUCAAAUACACUCGGUUUGCGUCGCCCCGCUACGAGCCAUCAGCGCUCUGGUGAUAUUGCUCGCAAGUCAAGUCUCGGCCAGGAAUCAGACUUGUCCAUUCCACCUGCCUUUCUAGAGAGCUCGCUGGCUAGGGAAAACGAUCUUGUGGAUUUGGACAGUCAAUCCUGGAGGCCUUUUUUUGCCUCUACUUUUGGAAGAAGACGGCAAAGCUCGACAAGCAAUGCUAUAGUAACCAUCAAACCGAAUCGGAUUUCUCACCCGCGAUAUCACAUCAAUUAUCCAACUCUAAUGCUUUCAACCUCGGUGAAAAAAUUAUCUCAUGCUAGCGAUAUGGCAGCAAAGCAAAAUACCUCUCAAUCACCAUCGACAGACGCCGUUCCUUUUAUUGACCCUUUCUCACGACACACUGAUGCCUCUAAUCCCAAACUCACGAAACACACGACCCAGGAAAAACGCAGAACGGUCCGAUCUUCGUCUAUUUCAGAUCUGUCUGUGGCUAGCCGCAAACCCCGAGUUAGCCCAAUGAAAGGCGAUGUUAAAGCCCCUCUAUCUGCAGCUCGUUUCCAUGGAAAAGACAGGAUUGUGUCAAAUCCGUUACCACGAGAUUCAGGCAAAAUCGGAAGCCCCCGGCUGCGACGCAAGCGAAACUUCACCGAAUCCGAUACAUUGAAUCGACCUCAGACUGCCCCCAGUGCAAACUACUUCCAUAAUAAAGAUCCACAUAUCGAUGAACAAUUUCCCCCCGACCUUGCACUUUCAGUCGACUUGCUCAAGUCAACAGACAGCUCGCUAGCUUAUAGGAAGGGCAGCUAUGAUAACAAAUCCUUUCCGAUCAACUAUCCUCCGUCUGGAACAUCACCACCGAUUAUUCGGUAUUCCCGAAACAAACGUCUUUCUGGGGCUACGUCCGAUUGGGCAUCGACUGUUAUAGGCUCAGACGACACCCGUGUCUUCACCUCAGCAGACGAAGAUGAUCAGAGUGAUUCGGUAUUCGACUCCUUUCGCACGAGGAUAUCAUCUAGCAGUCAGACAGGUCGUCGUGGUCCGAACAUCGAGACAAUAUUUCACGAUGCUUCAGCUGAUUUGAAUAAAGGAGGCUCUGUUGCGGUUGAAGAACUUGAUUUUGAGAAUUUGCGACUGUCGCAGUCCACCCCGAGAUCGUCCUUGAGUGACCUAGAUUCCAAUAUCACUCCUGUGGCGCUAUCCAUUGCGAAGAAUACUGAUGCAACUCCAACACCGCCUGCGAAGAAUUCACUCAAAACUCCGCUCCAUUCAUCCCCUCUGAAGUUAUCCCUGGCUCCUCAGACUGAAGAACUAGUUUUCAGCUCUGAUGAAGAUGCAGUGCUGGAGGAUGGUGACGAUGAGUUCGACACAUCAUUUGGAGAGAAUCUCAAUUUCUUCCACCCCUAUAGCGAUCCUGAUGCGAAUUCCCCUUCGUUAACACGGAAAAGCUCCGCGAUCGGUAUUAAGGCAAGCGUCUUUGACUGGUCAGAACAGACAUGGACCGAACGCGACCCUCAAGCCCACGAGGUUCGCCCAAGUACCGUACAUGGAAAGCAAGGCCCCAAUGCCAGAAGCACCCGUAGGCCGAAUCGGAAAGCGCCAAGCGCCAUACAUCUACGAAGCCAGAGUGUUCCAGUCUCUCGAGAGGGUCCAGUGCCAACUGAGAGUCGACAGCCCUCCGCCAAAUUCGGUACAUGGGGCUUGGGUCAGAAGGGAGUGAGUGAAGACUGGGACGGCGACUUUGACUUUGGCGACGAAGAUGAUGGUGAUGAUUUGGGACUUGGGGACGGCACUGAUUCGGUGAUGCGGAUACAGACUAUGAAGGUACCACAGGCUAUCAUGGAAAGCCAAGCCAGCGUUCAUGGACAAUACGGACAAGUUCAAGAAUUGACCCUCUUAGUCGAAGAACUGAAGCGUUUGCGGAUACAAGGGAACACGCUACAAGUCAUUGACGGAUCCGCCAACGAUCUUUGGAAGGAAGCAGAUGGUAUUGUUAACCUGGCAACAUUUGAAGAUGAAGACGCCAAUUGGCAGAUCCCCAAUUCCCCGUCUUCUUGUGGGAGCUUCGAUGAUUUCGAGAAUUCGCCGUCUCCGCAACAGAAGCCAUGGAGGAAUAAUGAUAGUGACACGAAACGACCACCUCUUACACUAUGGAGCGAUAUGGAUCACAAUUCAAAGAGCUCUAGUAAGAAAGAGCCUACAGCUAAAGCCAAGUCUGUGCUGGAGACCAUCUAUCAGCAACGGGAAUCUUCAGAAGCUCCAUCGGUCGAAAUUGCGACUCAGCCACCACAGAAGCUACCUUUUGAUACACAAUCUCUCAAGGAACUAGUCGCACGCGCCGGUGUUGUGACUCGGGCAUUAAAAGAUGUUAUACGGCGAGCUGAGGGUGUCACAGCUGGAGAUGAGUCUAUUCCAUCGUCAGAUCCUCCGUUCAGUCAAAUAUUCGCUCAAAGAUCAUAA